GUUCACUUACUCGUAAGCAGCACGUACAAAAGUAACUAAUUAAUAAUUAAAGGAUCCUAUGGUGAGAAACGGUGAGAAACAAAAUUCAACCUCGAAUGAAGCGGACCAAUUUUUUUUUUCAAUAGCACGAAAUUUGUUUUUUGUUGUUUUAAUAAAUUUUGAGGAAACAUUCUUGUUACACAUAAAUAGAAUUUGUUUAAUCACCUCAAUUUCUUGAUUGCGAAUAUAUAUACAUAAAUCUACAACUUGAGCAAACACCGAAUCCACAUCCAUGGAACCGACGCCGGAAAAUAAAUGGGAAUGUGCAAAGUGCUCAAAACAGUUUAAAACCAAAGACAAUUUGACGAGACACAUGGUCACGCACGAUCCCGAUGCUAAGGUCAAAUGUGAGGUUUGCGGUAACAUAUUCAAAAACAAACGAUCCUUAUCUACGCACAAAUUCGAAAUCCACAUCGAUCAGACAUGGUGUGCCACUUGUGACCAGAUGUUUUCCAGCGUUGAUGAUUUACGGCGACACAAUGACACCGUCCACGGCGGGGAAGAACCCCCUCGUUUCUCGUGUCCGGUUCCUCGCUGUAAGAAAACCUACCAACACGAGGAAGAUGUUGCGAAACACGUGGAAACUGAACAUGUCCGAUUUCGGUGUACGCUUUGCAGAAGGACGUUCGAAACGAGGGUUCAACUUGAAGCUCACAUUUCCUCCCACACGAGGUACAAAUGUGCUACUUGUUUGAAGAGUUUCGCCCGCAUCAGAGACAUGAAACUUCACGAGGCGACACAUUUGGAAAAAUCUGCCCGGGACGUGUUACAGUGUCCCCUCUGUCCGGAGACCUUCUUAACGAGGCGUGGUUUACAAGGCCACGUCCGGGUUGUGCAUGAAAACCAGAGGAAUUAUCCGUGCACAUUUUGUGACAAGAGAUUCUCCCAGACAUCCAACUUGAAGCGUCACGUGGAGGCGGUACAUGCCACGUAUGUAUAAGGAGCUGGUCCAUUCCUCCGACAAGUCCUUGUAGAAAAGCCGUUCGAAAUAUAAUUUACCCACUCGCAGAAUGCGGCGCAAUGCAGGGGGCAUAGAUUUUAUUUCUGUGGGAAGAAAUUUUUCACUUAUUUCAAAUUGGUCGCACAUUGUCGAGUUUAUAUGGGUUUACUUUAGAAAGUUAAAAUACAUAUGUAUUAAUCUGUGUAUGUACAUAAUAGAGAUAUGAAUAAUUUUCAAAUUUUUAUUAAAUUUGCGACAUUCCGCAAAACUUCGUUUUGUAUAAACCCAUGCAAUUUUAGUUUCAAAUUUAUUUAAUAAUCCGACAUACUUAUUUAUUUCUGUGUAAUUUUUAACAAAUUGUGCUGUUCUGAGAGAGAAAAAAGUAUGGAAGUACAUACGUUGUUGUGAGUACGAGUACGCUUAAACGGGCACCCACAAUUUUAUAAAUACUACCUAAUUCAACGGUUAACUAAUUAUUUUAACUAAUAAACAGCCUGUUGUAAGAUGAUAA